AUGCGCGCACAUGGCGGCACUAUGGAGGGCCAACUGCCGAACAGCUCCUCAAGAGCAAGAUUUCUGCGCUCAGACGCUUUCUUCAUCAAGGGUCUGUACUGUUCUUCUGCAAGGCGCGGUUUCGAAGGCCUUCUUGUAAACUUGAGCGCCAGUAUACACAAAAUGAAGUUGGAAGCAAAAGAUAUAAGCUACAUCGUUUUGGUACACCGACGUAAUCACAAGGGUACAGCAUAG